CCAAGACCCAAGCCUGCAAAAGACAGACGGUUCGGGAGGAGAAAUAGGACACGACACCAUGCCAGAUAAAGUCAUCCGUGAGAGUGUGCACCGCUCUUUUUUAAAGAAGGCUGAUGAGGUGCUGCCCAAGUUUUUCGACAAAGCUGUACAAGAAGGGGAAAGGAGUGCAAUCCAGAGAUUUCUGGCUCUGCUGGCUGGGACACUUGUGGGGGUUUCUGCCAACGCAAUGACUGUCAUGAAGAAAAUGAAAGCAUCAGAAGUGCAGAAGGCGAGGAGAACGGAACGGGGCUACGUGAUCUACAUUAGUUACCUCAUAAACCCUAACGGCAAGAGGUUCUUUGGCGAUGCACUGAUUCCUGUGAACUCCCAAACAUACGGCAUCAUGAAGUCAUGGCUGCAGGCCAGGGAGGACAUUCCCGGUUGGAGCUCAGAGUUCUUCUUUUCCAGCAACACUGGGGGGAGGGUGAAUACUUCCCUCCUGCUGGCCCAGUUCAAAAGGAUUUGGGUGGAGCUGGGACUGCCACCCCGACCGCCAACCUUCAUAGACCUUCAUGACUCCAUUGUCGAACAUGCAUUGACGUCAGCUUUAAGGCUUAUGUCAGAACCUGACCCUGACCUCGUCGUGCGCAUGUCGAUAUACAUGUACUACGAUCUGGCUGCCUCCAGAUGGUUUUUAAAAGAUGACGAGGCCCGGGAAAAGGCGUUUCAAGAUGUUAAAGAGCUGUUUCAAGACGACCUGGCACAGGAGGAGGAGGAGCCAGCCCAGGAGGAGGUGGUCAAGGAAGAGGUGGCUGAAGAGGAGGUGAUUAAGGAGGAGGCUGUUCAUGAGGAGGAGGAGGUGAAAUGGAACAGGAGGAGGCUCAGGAAGAGGGCAGUCAACCAGGAGGAGGUGAACAGUCAGCAGGAGUUGGUUAAGGAGGAGGUGAACAGCCAGGAGGUGGUGAUUAAGGAAGAGGUGGUUGAAGAGGAGGUGAUUAAGGAAGACCCGGCCCAGGAGGAGGUGGUAAAGGAGGAGGUAGUUCACGAGGAGGAGGCGAGCAACAAGGAGGAGGUGAAAUGGAACAGGAGGAGGCUUAGGAAGAGGGCAGUCAACCAGGAGGUGAACAGUCAGCAGGUGGUGAUUAAGGAGGAGGUGAAAUGGAGCAGAAGGAGGGUCAUGAAGAGGGAGUUCCACCAGGAGGAGAACGGUGAGGAGGAGGAGGUCAAGAACAAGAUCUUAAGGACGAGGGUCUCUGUGCUGCUUUCACCGCUCAGCCCGAGAACCAUGAGGAGGUGGACAGGUCGGGGAAGUCACCAGGGAACACCGGCAGGAGUCCCCUAAAACUAGAGGUAACAAAUCUAGAAAAAAAUAUUAAUGCAGUCAAUAUUUUAAAUAAAUUAAAAACAUGAUGAUAUUAUCAUUUUGUCAUAAUAGGAACCU